CGUUCUCCCUGGAUGCCUGCUUAUGUCUUCUCCUCCUCCUUCUCCCACCCAGGAACAUCUUCCCUUCCAACUUGGUGUCCGCUGCAUUCCGAUCGUAUGCUACUAGCUACAAGAAAGUGAUAAUUAAGAAGAAUAACACUGAACUCCUCAGCGUGGCAGGAUUUGUCAACGAAACAGAAUACAUCAAUGAAACCACCUUGAUGGUCCCCACCGGCACGGAGGUCGAAGGCAUGAACAUCCUCGGCCUGGUGGUCUUCGCCAUCGUCUUCGGGAUCGCCCUGCGGAAGCUCGGGGCCGAAGGGGAGAACUUGAUCAAAUUCUUCAACUCCUUCAACGAAGCCACCAUGAUCCUGGUCUCGUGGAUUAUGUGGUACGCCCCCUUGGGUAUCAUGUUCCUGGUGGCCGGCAAGAUUGUGGAAAUGGAAGACGUGGUCCUUCUCUUCACCAGCCUGGGCAAAUACAUCUGCUGCUGCCUGGUGGGCCAUGCCAUCCAUGGGCUGCUGGUUCUCCCGGGGAUCUACUUUGUCUUCACCCGCAGGAACCCAUAUCGCUUCCUGUGGGGCAUCUUCACUCCGUUGGCCACCGCCUUUGGCACCUCCUCCAGCUCUGCCACGUUGCCCCUGAUGAUGAAGUGCGUUGAGGAGAAGAAUGGAGUCUCCAAGCACAUCAGCCGCUUCAUUCUCCCCAUUGGCGCCACCGUCAACAUGGAUGGGGCAGCCCUCUUCCAGUGCGUGGCUGCUGUCUUCAUCGCCCAGCUCAACAACAUCUCGCUCAACUUCAUCCAAGUCAUCACGAUCCUCAUCACGGCGACAGCGUCUAGCGUCGGCGCAGCUGGCAUUCCCGCAGGAGGCGUCCUCACCCUGGCCAUUAUCUUGGAGGCGAUCAGCUUGCCCACCAAUGACAUCUCUCUCAUCCUGGCAGUGGACUGGCUUGUAGAUCGGACGUGUACUGUCCUGAACGUGGAGGGCGAUGCCUUCGGCGCGGGGCUCCUGCAGGUGUACGCGGAAAAGACAAUGGGCGAGACGGAGAACGGUGACCUGGUGGAGGUCAAGACGGAGCCCGUGGAAGCCAUCAAGGCAGUGGGGAUAGCGGAGGGGUCCCCGCUGAUUACGAGGGAUGGUCCAGCCCGUUUGGAGAGCAACAGUUCUUGCGAAAAAGAAUCCGUGAUGUAACUGACUUAAUCAAAGGCUGGACAAUUUAGGAGAUUUUUUUUUCCUCCAAAAAAGAACUUUAGUAAGCCACAAUUCUGCUCCAUCCUUCAAGAUUUGAAUUCCUCAUAAGAAGGAAGCUUAGUUUAAUGAUGGAGAGCUUUUCAACCCAGAAUCUGCUAAACACAGCCUUUUCCACCUUUGUUUUUUCUUUAAACUUCAAGUGCUUCGUAAAUUUGGAAACUUCGACAAAUGCCGUAAGGUCAUCACUCCGUUUAUUCCAAAUCUUUGUCCGUCGUUCUGGUGCCGGUUGUAGAAGUUCAGCGGCAAGAGAACGUGCUCUUCUUCAGUUCUCCACUGUUACAUUCAGUUAAAAAAAACCAAAAACUCAGCAAAUGAAUUGAUGUAUCAAGAUCUCUCAAUCAUCUUUUUUUCUCUUUUGGGCCUCUGACUCUCUUCUCUGCACUUAUUUUUAGUAUUUUGGACCAAGCGAGCAGGAAGAGUCUUCAGGGUUGUUUUUGUUCCUUGUCCAUUUCCCUUAUUUGACAUUCUUUGGUCUGUUGACCCAGAUGAGGGAAGAAAUGCACCGGGUUAAAUCUUAAACAGAUACGCUUUUUUUUUUCCAAAUCCAAGAACUUGAAUGCUGUUUGCAAGGCGACAGCCAGCCCUCAUAAAUGCGAACACUGGAGGGAAAGGGAUUUUUCUUCCAGGCCUUUAGUUGCUGUUUCUUAUCUCCAUCCCUUGCGUUCCAUGUGCUCACACGGGGGCCUGCUGAUGAGUGUUAACUGCCAACGUGGCCAACAAUAAUUGUUUGAAACUCUGUUUUCUCUCCCUGUCUUCCCCCCAGCCCAGUUUGGCUAUCUUCUAUUUGUGUUUCAUGUUUUUUAGAAUUGGGACGGCUGACUUGCAAUGUAAUUUAUUUCUGAAAUAA